AUGACUGACCAAAAUCCUAUGGACCCGAUGAAUAAGGACCAAGUACAGUAUCCAGUUCAAAAUCUGCCAAUUCCAGUGGAUUUGUUUCGAGGCGGCGAACUCGGGCCCAAUCUUUAUCACACAUUGUUUUUGAUGAAUUUUCAGAGGAAUAUGCUCCUCGCAAAUCUGACGCCAAAUUUAUUGGGUUUUCCACCACUGAUCCCUGGUUUCCUACCUCUUCCAAUUCUGGCUACACCGCUGCUCAUUCAGAAUCCAUCAGUUGAAGACAUGGUGGCUCCAGAUGACCUCGCCAACGUCGUCCAUCAGAAUCCAUCUGUUGAAGACGUUCCAAAUGUCAAGCAAGCUUCUAGAUCUCCAGAAGAUGAAGAACACCAGAGAAUCAAGAAGCCAUUGAACGCUUUUAUGUGUUUUGCCAAGGAGCAUCGGCCAAAAUUGUGGGCGGAGCUUGGAACAUCGUCUGCGGAAAUCAUCAAAAUUCUGGGUCAAAAAUGGCAAGAAUUGUCCGUAGAAGAGCGAGAAAAAUAUGUGGAUAUUGCUCAAAAAGAGAGAGAAGAGCAUAAAGUAAAGUAUUCAGGAUGGAAGGCUACUCGAAAUUAUCGAUCGAAACCAAGGAAAAGAAUGAUUGAGAAACGAAAGCCAGUAAAAAAGUGUCGUGCUCGCUUUGGAAUGGAAAAUGAACAUCUUUGGUGUAUCAAAUGUUUGCAGAAGAAGAGAUGUAGCUAUCAGGAGUCGAUUGAUAACAAUGCAGAUGACAAAAUGGGAAUUCAGAAUCAAAAACCAAAGAUUUUGAAUAUAUUGAUCCAAAAAUCAGUAAACUGA